GCGCCCGAACCGGAAGGGGCGACGACGCAACGGUCAGCCGACAGAGACGGCGGGAAGGGCAGCGGCGUCGGACCGGACAGCGAGAGCGGCGGCGGCGAGCCGGCCGGCGGCGGCGCGGGCGGCGCGGGUGGAGGAGGCGGCGGAGGCGGCGACGCGGGCGGCGCGGGCGACGACGGCGGCGGCCGCGGCGGCGACGGCGAGGCUGGCGGCUGCGGCGCGGCCGGCGGAUCGGACGGAGGCGGCGGCGGCGCCGGCGGCGGAGGGAAGGGCGGCGGCGAGGGCGGCGGGAAGGGCGGCGGCGAGGGCGGCGAGGGCGGCGGCGUCGGCGGCGGGAAGGGCGGCGGCGACGGAGGCGGGAAGGGCGGCGGCCUUGGCGGCGGCGGCGCGGGCGGCGCGGCUGGCGGUGCUGCGGGCGGCGACGGCGACGACGGCGGCGACGGCGAGGCCGGAGGCGGCGGCGGCGUCGACGGCGGACCCGGGGGCGGUGCGGGCGGCGACGGCGAGGCCGGCGGCGACGGCGGGCGAGGCGGGAGGGGCGGCGGCGCAGCGGGCGGCGGGAAGGGCGGCGGGAAGGGCGGCGGCGUCGGGCCGGGCGGCGAGAGCGGCGGCGGCGGGCCGGCCGGCGGCGGUGCGGGCGGCGCGGGCGGAGGCGGCGGCGGAGGCGGCGACGCGGGCGGCGCGGGCGACGACGGCGGCGGCCGCGGCGGCGACGGCGAGGCUGGCGGCUGCGGCGCGGCCGGCGGCUCGGACGGAGGCGGCGGCGGCGCCGGCGGCGGAGGGAAGGGCGGCGGCGAGGGCGGCGGGAAGGGCGGCGGCGAGGGCGGCGAGGGCGGCGGCGUCGGCGGCGGGAAGGGCGGCGGCGACGGAGGCGGGAAGGGCGGCGGCCUUGGCGGCGGCGGCGCGGGCGGCGCGGCUGGCGGUGCCGCGGGCGGCGACGGCGGCGACGGCGGCGACGGCGAGGCCGGAGGCGGCGGCGGCGUCGACGGCGGACCCGGGGGCGGUGCGGGCGGCGACGGCGAGGCCGGCGGCGUCGGCGGUCGAGGCGGGAGGGGCGGCGGCGCAGCGGGCGGCGGGAAGGGCGGCGGGAAGGGCGACGGCGUCGGGCCGGGCGGCGAGAGCGGCGGCGGCGGGCCGGCCGGCGGCGGCGCGGGCGGCGCGGGCGGAGGCGGCGGCGGAGGCGGCGACGCGGGCGGCGCGGGCGACGACGGCGGCGGCCGCGGCGGCGACGGCGAGGCUGGCGGCUGCGGCGCGGCCGGCGGCUCGGACGGAGGCGGCGGCGGCGCCGGCGGCGGAGGGAAGGGCGGCGGCGAGGGCGGCGGGAAGGGCGGCGGCGAGGGCGGCGAGGGCGGCGGCGUCGGCGGCGGGAAGGGCGGCGGCGACGGAGGCGGGAAGGGCGGCGGCCUUGGCGGCGGCGGCGCGGGCGGCGGCGAGGGCGGUGGUGAGGGCGGCGGUGGUGAGGGCGGCGGCGGCGAGGGAGGCGGGCUCGGCGGUGGCGGUGAGGGAGGCGGUGGCGACGGAGGUGGCGGUGAGGGCGGGGGCGGCGACGGCGGCGGCGAGGGCGGCGGUGGCGAGGGAGGCGGCGGGCAAGGUGGAGGUGGCACGUAG